UUGCUAUUUUGCUAUAUCUCACUGCUACUGUUGCUACAUGUAGUCACAUUAUUUAUUCUUUAAAAAAUAGUUGGAUGUGGUCAUGGUGCCUGUAGUCCUGGCUAUUUGAGACACUACAGCUGGAUUAGAACUUUUAACAAUGAGUUUGAAACCAGCCUGACAACAUAUUAAGAUUCUGUCUUACAAAAAUGAAAAACCUCGGGAAAUACAAAAAGACUGAAAACUGCAGAGGCAAUCUAACGAUGAUAAAAUGAAGGUUACCUUUGAAGAUUUCACAGUUAUAGAGCUCAGGGUAGCUAACAUCUAUCAAAGGGGCACUUGUUUCACCUGAGAGAGAAGGUAGUAUUAAUGAGAAAAUACAGUGCAGCUUUGAACGGCUUAGGGAUUUUCUGGUUAGUAGAUUGAACUAGUCAUUGAUAUGAAUAAAAAAAUUGUUCCAUCAUGGAAAAUUUGGAUACUCUGAAGUCAGUGAUUUGUUUAAGUAUAGUGAUUCAGGACUUCUAUGUGCACAAAGGCUUUGAGAAUGUGUUAGUGGCUGCACUGACAUAUUCUUUCCUUCCCUAUUUUUUAAUUUCUUUAAACCCCCCUGACCCAGCUUGACAGAAUGAAAACCCACAAAAUUAUUUCAUAUUUGGAAAUUUACAAUUACCUCGUACUGGUCGGUUUACGAUGUCAGAUUACUGGGUAUGAUAGAAUUGUCCUUAGUAUUUAGGAUUGAGGAUGUAUAAAAGGGAACAUUACAAAACAAUUAGAAAAAUUACUUUUGAUCUUUGAGUUACCUUUUAUAAUGUAGUACAAAAACAAGUGUUAUAUAAGGUGUCUUUGAAUAACUUGUUAGUAAGGAACAUGAGAUGCUUAUAAAAUCAAUAAACAUUGACUGGAAUGUAGCCUACAAGCCUUGGGAACAUGGCAAACCCAGCAUGAGUUUCUAGAGAAUAUUUCUAUAGUUUGUUCAUUUUUUUUUUUUUUUUUUAAGAGUACAUUCUGGUCCAUAGCAUGGUAUUCCUAACUAUGAAAUUUGGGCCAUUGUAUUCUUAAUAAGCAGUCACUAUUUUCCUGUAUUAGGCAUCGUUGCUGCAGUGAGUGAAUGGUCUCAGAGGCCCUUUAGGCUCCUUUCCGCUCAUGAGUCUGUUUCUGUGACUGAGUGGGAGGCCAGAAAAUGAUGACUUUUAUUAAGUCUAUUAGAUGUUUCAGGCUGAAUAACUAAUGUAAGAUCCCAAUUUUUCCUUUUUUUCAUUUUAGAUUUGGGGAUAUUCCCUGCCCAAAAAAUUCCUGGAAAAUUGACUAGUAUUAAGUGUGAGUAAAAGGUGUCCACUUUUUUUAAAGUCUUGAUUUUAGUUUUGUCUUGGAUAGUAUUUGGCAAGAUUUAGCCUAGAAAGUAUGUAGUGUUUAUUACAUAAGAAUCAAAUGACUUUGUUACUGGGCUGCUUUUGAAACUCAUUUCUGUAUAUCAAAAUAACUUAAUUUUUUACUUAACUUAAUUAAAAAAAAUUUAAUUCUUAAAUGGUAAAUAAAUGUACCAUUCAUUGUGAGUGAAAUUUCAUCUCCCCCCAAAAUUUACCCUUUUACCAACUGGAGUGAAGUCUUUAGCUCUAACCAUCAAUAGUAAAGAAUUUGGAACUAGUGUAUCAGCAAGCCAUUGCAGGGCCAGCGUUGAAGAAUGCCGUGCCAGUGAUGCUUGUGUUGCUAGAAAGGAAGAAAACUAGCUUCCUUUGGCGUCUCUGUGCGUUGCCCGAGCUGGUUCAGAAUGGCUCUACUGCUGCUCUGCCUUCCUCAGCUCUCUGCCCCACUCUGUAAUUACUCUGUAACUAUACACUUCUACCUUUUUUGGUUAAACCCUCCCUGAUAAUGGUUGUUAUACAUACCAUAUACCUUGACAUAUAUAUCAAUACAUCCAUAUAUAUAUGGGUUUCUCUUCAUCUUGAUUUUGUGGCUGGGUAAAAUUUAGUAACGUUAACUUCAUGGUACUUUGGUAUAAGAGUAAGUUCACUAU